AUGUUGUCUAAAAAAUUUACUCUACGAUCACAUAAAUCAUCAAUAACUUAUAUAUAUCCUCAUCCAACAAUUCCUUCCAAUGUUUUCACAGCAGAUUCUUCUGGUUUAAUAAUUAAUUGGGAUUUAACCAUUCGUCGACCUAAAUCAUCAUGGCAAGCUCAUACUGAUACUAUUCUUACUAUAUCAACAAUCGAGAAUAAUAAUAGUAAUAAUAAUGGUGACGGUGAUGGUGAUGGUGAUGGUGAUUAUUAUUUAUUAACUCAUUCUCGAGAUAAUACUAUUAAAAUAUGGGAUUUAUUAAAAUUUUCAUGUCUUUUAGAAAUUCCUUGUAAUUCAUUAAAUUUUACUAAUAUUGAAAUUUUUAAUGAUUUAUUAUUUACUCCUAGUAGUAUUAAUUCAAAUAAUUUAGAUGUUUAUAAAAUUAAUCCCAAAAAUUGGCAAAUUAAAAGAUUAAUAUUUGAUUUUGAUAUUUAUAAAUUAGUUAAUAAAAAUGAAAAUGAAAAUGGGAAUAUUAUUCAAGAGAUAGGAUCUGAUACAAUUACAAAUAAUCGUAAUGAUUUUGGAAUUAUAAUGCAAAUGAAAAUCAUCAAGACCAUCACUACCACUACCACUAACACUACCACUACCACUACAAAAGAAAACCAAGAGGAGAAUGGUGGAGAUUUUAUCAUUUAUUUGGGAUUUGAAAGUGGUGAUAUUGUUGGGUUACAAUUGAUAUUACCUCCAGCAAGAAUAUUAUCAACAACUAACAAAAGUACUAAUACUAAUACCAAUACUAAUGAUAAAACUAUUAUAUAUAAUCAAUCAGCUAAAUUUAUUCUUAAAUAUCAUAAUUCUUUUCAUGUACCAAAUCCAAUAAUUUGUUUACUGAAUUUAAAUUCAAUAUUAAUAUCAAGUUCAAUUACUAAUAAAUUGAUUAUUCAUUAUAAUCCUAUUAUUGAAAUAAAAAAUUUGAAAUAUUCAGGAAUUCAAUCAAUUGUUUAUUUUAAAAAAUUUCAUCAAUUAAUUUUUGGUUAUUGGAAUGGAUAUAUUCAAUAUGAUGAUAUAUUAAUUAAACAAAAUUUACCAAAAUUAGGUACAACCAAUAAUAAUAAUAUCAAUAAUAAUAUUGAUACCGAUAUUAAUCAAGAACAAUCAAAAUUAACGAAAAAAUUAACGUUUAUGACUAUUUUAAAUGAAUCCAAACAAGAAAUAUCACAAACAUCUACUACUACUACUACUACUAGUGGUGGUGAUAAAUCAAAAUAUUCAUCAUUAAUAAAAUCAAAAAGGAAUUUUAAAUUACCUCUUUUAUUAGUAGGAUAUGAAGAUGGUUCAAUAGUUGCCUACAAUAUAUAA